UCAAUGCAACAUGCACUUAUUUAUUUGGGUUGCAGUUCGUGCUGUUUGAAUGUAUAAUGUGCUUGGGGUCGCCAUUGAACGUGCUGAUAUUUAUUUACCGUUUAGUAGCUUAUCGUUUGUUAUUUGCUGUAACCGCAAAGCGGAAAACUGUACUCGAAUGUAACUCAGUUAAACAGUACGAGUAACACCAAAUCAAACACUCAAAUAACUUAGACGCUGUCGGCUUGUCAUUGGAAGAACAUUCCCCUUGAAAUUACAGCCGCCAUGGGCACCCGCAAGAAGGGUCUGGACUUUGCCAAACAUAUAUCAGAGAUCAUUGCCAAAUCGACGGGAUUCGAGAAUCACAUGAAAAAGGUGAAGAUCAUCGGAGGCGGUGAUGGCACUUGUCAGGCGGAACUCAAAGUUGAAGCUGAUCACGUGAACCCCUACAACGGUCUACAUGGCGGCUACAUUGUCACCCUGGUGGACAUGAUAACCACAUAUGCCCUGAUGUCCAAGCCCUGUCAUCCGGGCGUUUCCGUGGACAUAAAUGUGAAUUACCUGAACGCGGCACGCCUGGGCGACGAGGUACGGAUCGAGGCCAACAUCUCCAAGAUUGGUAAGUAUCUGGCCUUCAUCGAGUGCACGCUGCGUCACAAGAAGGACGACUCCGUGAUAGCCAAGGGCACGCACAUGAAAUACGUCAAUAUCAAAGACUAAAAUUAAAUCGAACCAAAUGCUGCGAUUGGGAUAUUAAUGUGCUUUAUUUUAUUACAUGUGUAGCAGUACAGUACAUUUCAUUUGUUAGUUAAUUUGUUUUCAAUUAUUCAAUUAAAUUUGCUCGUUUGCUCUGUGCGCGAUGUUUGGUUA